CGAAACAAAACAAUAUAAUUGAGUUCAGUACAGUUUUGUUGUUUAACUCUCAGAGUUUUCUCAUAGUCUUUGCUCCUUUUAAAGCCAUGUACUGUAUACACAUGAGUUGCAUCUGAUAAAGAAAGCUACACGUCUGCCAGUUCAUUACUCUGUUUCGGCAAAAUAUUCAUUACUCUGUUUCGGCAAAAUAAAGAGAAUAAAGAAACUACAUGGAGAGGCCUAGAGCUUCUCCGUCUCCCUUGACUGAUUUGGAGCCAUUAAGUGAACGCACAUCCCUUGAGAUCUUCAACCCCUUAAACGGGUCAUCCUCGUCUUCUUCAUCAAAGCCUCAAGAUGGCAACCGCAAAGGAAGCAGCAGUAAGUGGAUAGAGUUUCAUGAUUCAGCAAAGAUAGUAGAGAGAACUGCUGAGUGGGCCGUUAAGCCGGACACAGGAGAAGAUGGCAUUAGUUUCAAGGUCUCCAGUGAAGUGGACCGAAGCAAGAUGUCUAGGAGGUCAUCCGAAGAAUCAUCAGCUUCUGAAUCUGGAGCCUUCCCUAGAGUAUCCCAGGAGCUCAAAACCGCUCUCUCCACGUUGCAGCAGACCUUUGUUGUCUCUGACGCCACACAGCCAGACUGUCCCAUAGUCUAUGCCAGCAGUGGAUUCUUCACCAUGACCGGUUACUCCUCCAAAGAAAUCGUUGGAAGAAACUGCCGGUUUCUGCAAGGGCCUGACACAGACAAGAAAGAGGUUGUUAAAAUCAGAGAUUGUGUCAAGAAUGGGAAAAGCUACUGUGGAAGGCUCUUAAACUACAAAAAGGAUGGAACUCCCUUCUGGAAUCUUCUCACAGUCACUCCUAUCAAGGACGACCAAGGCAACACCAUCAAGUUCAUUGGGAUGCAAGUUGAAGUAAGCAAAUACACAGAAGGCGUAAACGAUAAAGAACUGAGACCUAAUGGACUCUCCAAAUCCCUGAUCCGAUAUGAUGCUCGCCAGAAGGAGUUAGCUUUGGAUUCCAUCACAGAGGUCGUGCAAACAAUAAAGCAUCGCAACUCUCAAGUGAGGAACUCUGUGAGCAAUGAUAUUUUAGUGAAGCCUACUACACCUGGUGGACAAGCUAUACAAUCGGACGAGGCUUCAAAGUCAGCAAGAACACCUGAACGUGUUUCUACUCCAGCGAGGCCAAAGAGAAAAUCGCUUAGCUGGAAUAAAAAGCAUGAUGAUAUUCCCAGUGUGGAACCUGAAGAACUAAUGUUGAGCACAGAAGUUAUAGAACCGAGGGAGAGUUGGGAGCGUUUAGAAAGAGAAAGGGAUAUACGGCAAGGGAUUGAUCUAGCUACCACUCUUGAGCGCAUAGAGAAGAACUUCGUCAUCAGUGAUCCUCGUCUUCCUGAUAAUCCCAUUAUAUUUGCAUCAGACAGUUUUCUUGAAUUAACUGAGUAUACACGUGAGGAAAUAUUGGGAAGAAACUGUCGGUUUCUUCAGGGGCCAGAGACAGACCAAGCGACUGUCCAGAAGAUAAGAGACGCAAUUAGAGAUCAAAGGGAGAUAACUGUGCAGUUGAUAAACUACACUAAGAGCGGAAAGAAGUUCUGGAACUUAUUCCACUUGCAACCUAUGCGUGAUCAGAAGGGAGAGCUUCAAUACUUCAUAGGUGUGCAGCUUGAUGGAAGUGAUCAUGUUGAGCCCCUCAGAAACCGUUUGUCUGAGAGAACAGAGAUGCAGAGUUCUAAACUGGUGAAAGCUACAGCAACAAAUGUAGAUGAAGCUGUCAGAGAACUUCCAGAUGCUAAUAUGCGGCCAGAAGACUUGUGGGCUGCAUACUCAAAGCCAGUAUAUCCUCUGCCUCACAAAAAGGAGAGUACAUCCUGGAAGGCAAUACAAAAGAUCCAAGCGAGUGGAGAAACAAUAGGACUUCAUCAUUUCAAGCCAAUAAAACCGUUAGGCUCUGGUGAUACUGGCAGUGUUCAUUUGGUUGAACUGAAAGGCACAGGUGAGUUAUACGCCAUGAAGGCAAUGGAGAAAACCAUGAUGUUGAAUCGUAACAAGGCUCACCGAGCAUGCAUUGAAAGGGAAAUCAUUUCCCUUCUGGAUCAUCCUUUCCUCCCCACUCUAUACACUUCCUUUCAGACAUCUACGCAUGUUUGUUUGAUCACAGACUUCUGCCCUGGUGGAGAGUUGUUUGCACUACUUGACAUCCAACCAAUGAAGUUUUUGUCAGAAGAAUCAGCAAGGUUCUAUGCAGCAGAGGUCGUUAUUGGCUUAGAAUAUCUUCACUGCUUAGGAAUAGUAUACCGAGACCUGAAGCCUGAAAACAUACUGCUCAAGAAGGAUGGGCACAUUGUAUUAGCCGACUUUGAUCUAUCUUUCUUGACGUCCUGCACACCCCAGCUUAUUGUUCCACCUGCACCUAACAAACGGAGGAGAUCCAAGAGCCAACAAUUACCCACUUUGGUUGCAGAACCAGACACUCAGUCAAACUCGUUUGUAGGGACUGAAGAAUACAUUGCUCCUGAGAUAAUCACGGGUUCUGGACACGCGAGUGCUAUUGAUUGGUGGGCACUAGGUAUAUUGUUGUAUGAGAUGCUUUAUGGUCGCACACCUUUCAGGGGUAAGAAUAGGCAGAAGACGUUUGCCAACAUCUUGCACAAGGAUCUCACCUUCCCCAGCAGUAUCCCUGUAAGUCUUGUAUGUAGACAGUUGAUUAACAUGUUGUUAAAUAGAGAUCCAAGCAGCCGGUUAGGAUCCAAAGGUGGGGCUAAUGAGAUAAAGCAGCAUGCCUUCUUCCGUGGGAUCAAUUGGCCUCUCAUACGGGGCACGGAGCCUCCACCAUUGGAUGCACCGUUGCGUAUAACAGAGAAAGAUCCGAAUGCAAAAGAUAUAAAGUGGGAAGAUGAUGGAGUGCUUGUGAAUUCGAUGGACAUUGACAUUGAUCUAUUCUAAACACUCACUCUUUUACCUUAUUCUGUCUGAGCCUCAUUUUAAUGCAAAACUCUUCUCAAUAAAGAAAAAGGUGGUGUAUUCUAGUUGACAUUGUUAGACCAUUUGUGAAUGUAGCAGAGAUUGCAACUUUUGGUGUGGUGGAUUGAUGACUAAAAUAGUAGGAAUUGUCACA